AUGCUCUGGGAACUGUAUGCAUUUGUGUUUGCCGCCUCAGUUGUUUUUAAUUUUGUAGGAAUAGUUGCAAAUUUAUUUAUUAUAGUGAUAAUUUCUAAGACUUGGGUCAAAAGUCACAAAAUCUCCUCUUCAGAUAAGAUCCUGUUCAGCUUGGCCAUCACUAGAUUCCUGACCCUGGGGUUGUUUCUACUGAACACUGUCUACAUUGCUACAAACACUGGAAGGUCAGUCUACUUUUCCACGUUUUUUCUCUUGUGUUGGAAGUUUCUGGACUCCAACAGUCUCUGGCUAGUGACCUUUCUGAACUGCUUGUAUUGCGUGAAGAUCACUCAUUUCCAACAUCCAGUGUUUCUUCUGUUGAAACGGACUGUCUCUAUGAAGACCACCAGCCUGCUGCUGGCCUGCCUUCUGAUUUCUGCCUUCACCACUCUCCUAUAUUUUGUGCUCACACAGAUAUCACGUUUUCCUGAACACAUAAUUGGGAGAAAUGACACAUUAUUUGACGUCAGUGAUGGCAUCUUGACGUUAGCGGCUUCUUUGAUCCUGAGCUCACUUUUACAGUUUCUGCUCAAUGUGACCUUUGCUUCUUUGCUAAUACAUUCCCUGAGAAGACAUGUACAGAAGAUGCAGAGAAACAGGAGCAGCUUUUGGAAUCCCCAGACGGAGGCUCACGUGGGCGCCAUGAGGCUGAUGAUCUGUUUCCUCGUGCUCUAUAUUCCAUAUUCAAUCGCUGCCUUGCUCUAUUUCCCUUCCUAUAUGAGGAAGAAUCUGAGAGCCCAGGCUGCUUGCAUGAUCAUUACUGCUGCUUACCCUCCAGGACAUUCUAUCCUCCUUAUUAUCACACAUCACAAACUGAAAGCUAAAGCAAAGAAGAUUUGCUGUUUCUACAAAUUGCGGGAUUUCGUUAGUAACUGA